UUGACCGGAAAUGAUGUAGUAUUGUUGUUGUUCCAGGAAGAGCAUACGGGGAAGCACUGAACUGCGUCAACAGUCAUUUUUUAUGAUCCAUAACGAUUUUGGUCGUUAUACAGCAUGGCAACCGGCCAUUGUUGACUGAUUGAUGGUGCUUGGUGUGGACGGGCCUUCACUAAACAACAACAUGGACACAUCAAACUUUGCCCACGUCAUCUUCCAGAAUGUAGGCAAGAGCUACCUGCCUCAUGCUGCACUGGAGUGUCACUAUACCCUCACACAGUUCAUCAAGCCGAACCCAAAGGACUGGGUUGGCAUUUUCAAGGUCGGCUGGAGCACAGCGAGGGACUAUUACACAUUCUUGUGGUCCCCCCUCCCUGAGAACCAUGUGGACGGAACCUCAGUCAACAGAACGGUGGUCUUUCAGGGAUACUAUGUGCCCAACGACGACGGCGAAUUCUACCAGUUCUGUUACGUGACCUACAAAGGGGAGAUUCGUGGAGCCAGCACGCCGUUCCUGUUUCGUGCCAGUAGCCCCUCUGAGGAGGAGCUGCUGACUGUGGAGGAUGAAUGCAACUCUGACAUCUUGGUGGUCACCACCAAGACGGGUUUUCUUGAGCAAAAGGUGGAGCAAGUCCAGCGAGUGAAAGAUGAGCUGGUGAAAAAGGUGGCUCUGCUGCAGCAGGACAUGGAGCAGCUGGAAUUGGACAAGGAGAGCCUGCAGAAGGCUUGCGGACAGGAGGAGGAGAACUGCGUCCUGCUGAAAAGACAAAAUCAAGAACUGCAGAGUUCUUCCAAGGUCUUACAAGAAGAGAAAGUGGAAAUGAAGAGGCGGCUGGAAGAGGCCACGUCCAGGGUCUUGCAGCUGGAGGAAGAUCUUAUUGGAGUCACCCAGAGAGGCCUACAAAAGGAAACCGAGCUGGACUUCCUGAAGGACAGAAUGAAGAAACUCACAACAGAGAAGGAAACCCUCGAGUCCCAACUCAACAACGAGAAAGAUGAGAAGGAGCUCUACAAGAUCCACCUGAAAAACCGAGAGCUGGAGAACACUAAACUGAGCGCCGAGCUGCAGAUGAUGAAAUCGGUGGACGUUAACAAAGACAACACCAUUGCUCAGUUUAAAGAGGAGGUGGGACGCUUGCAGAUGUGCCUUACUGAGAAAGAGAAACAGUACAAAGAGGUCUUGGCCCAAGUGUCCCCCUUGGGAGAUUUAAAGGCUCUGAAGGAGCAGCUGCGUCAGAAAGAGGAGCAGCUCCAGGCCAACCAGCAGCAGUCCACCUUGCUGGCGGCCGAGUUGAGGGACGCGUCGAGCAGCCGCGACAGAACCAUGUCCGAGCUCUACCACAUGAAGUUGGAGGCCGAUGCUCUGCGACAGGCCAAAGCCGAGGCGCAGGCUCAGUGUGGUCGCCUGGAGAGCCUGGUGGAGAAGAUGAAAGAAGAAGCCAAGCAGGAGACGCAGGUCAAAGCGGAUGACUCCACAGACCCGGCUCUGGUAGGAGAGCUGCAGAGAGAAGUGGAGGACCUGAAGCUGCGUCUGCACAUGGCCGCUGAGCACUAUAAGGAGAAAUACAAGGAAUGCACUCGGCUGCAAAAACAAGUGAUCAAACUGUCUGAGCAGCAAGGGGAGGUGAAGAGAAACUCAACACAAGAUCUAACAACCGUACCUGCAUCAGUGAGUCCAGACACGUCUCUUCCAGCCUUCAUGGUCCUGCCUGGGAGUCCUGGUUCUGCAGAUCCCAUGCUGGAGGCCCUCAACCAGGAGAAGUUUAAAGGCAUCAGCAGAGAGGCGUACGACAUGCAUUCCAAAUACAGGAAAUACAAGCAGAUGUUGAUGGAGGAAAAGGAGCGUAGCGGCAUGAUGCAUGAUGAGCUAGCCAAGAUGGCAGUGAAAGUGAAGGAGCACCAGAAGAUCAGUGAGAAGCUCAAGCUGCAGCUUGCGUCAGAGGAAGACCGUUGCAUGAGCCAGGUAGCCGAGAAGGGCCGGGAGCUGAACAAACUCAAGGAGAAACUGGAGGAGCUCCAAAAGAGUUGCAAGAAGCCAGAGCAGGGGCCCAGCGGGAAAGCCGGCGUGGAGAAUAUUCAGUCCAGCGUGCCUUUAUUCCUGCAGUACCCGGUGCCGUACGGCCAGGAUUCCCCCAACCCUCUGUUGGUCUCUCAGAGUCCCAGCAAGCUGCAAUUUGGGAACCCAUACUCAUCAAUCUCUGACUCAAAAGAUGACGACGAUGACGAGCUGUCAGAUGAGCAGCUGCUUUGCCUCCCCCCCGUGGGUCCGCCCUCCUGGGACAGCAACGUGGUGUGCAUCCAACCCACCCGCCACCAGGCCCGACCCGACGGCCGCGAGGAGCCCGAGGGGGUGCCAAGCAACACCAACAACAAUGACGUUAAUAUCAACAACAGGCCCGCCGCUACAGAAGCCCCCAACCCGUUUGUGAACGACGGACAAACUCCUUUUUGCUUUGAUCCCAGCAUGGACAUGAAGCGAUGCCCGCUGUGUGAGGUCAUCUUCCCGCCCAACUACGACCAGUCCAAGUUCGAGGAGCACGUAGAGAGCCACUGGAAGAUCUGCCCCAUGUGCAGCGAGCAGUUCCCGCUGGACUGCGACCAGAAGGUUUUUGAGAAUCACGUGCUCACUCACUUCGACGGGCACAUGCUCUUGGAUUAGUCGCCGACACUCACGUUUGGUGCAUGACGACAGUGGCGUGAAUCCACCCCCCGUAUCGCUUUCUUUCAUAGACAGGCGCUUGUCAGUAAAAAAGAAUACGGAUUUUAGCGUCCUUAUGGCUUUUUUUGGGGUGACGUUUUUAAUUCACAUUUCUAAUUUACAGUUAAUCCUGAAAACCAAAUGUUUAACCUUACACUGUUGAAGCUGAGAUGGAGGAGGGGUACCAAUAGCUGGGGGCUUUGCAACCACACAUAAUCAUAAAAUCAUGUGUAAUAUCUGAAA